AUGCAACCUCUCUUAAUAGCUACAGAAGAAUCCCAUUUUCUUCUCCGAAUAUUAAACGGCAGCUUCCAAACCCUCGACUUGUUAAAAGAUCAGAUUUCGCUUAUUUUUACUGAUUUUUUCUGCUCGAAAUCCAACCUCAACUUAAUUAACCCAAUGAGUGUAAAUGCCGACCAAAAUGAGCCAAGGGCAAAAGAGUGGUUGUCAGAAAAGAAGGAAUUCUCGGAUGGGAAAGGGGAGUCUGGCGGCGCAGUUUUUAAUGCAUUGGAUGCAAUGUUAAAGUCCAGUUUGAAUCGUUUAAAAGACAUGAGGGAAAGCAUAUCUUGGGGCCAUAGUGGCACCAUACCUGAAACAAAUUAUUGUAAGGAUGUAACUGUGAUAAGAGCUUCGUGUUUGCAAGGUAAAGUAGGUGCAGCUUUCCAUCUUUGGAAUAAGAUGGUUCAGAAAUGUGCAAUUCCUGAUAUUCUCACGCACAAUUACCUUAUGAAUGCACUUUGCAAAAGUGGUGAUCUGGGAAGGGCAGAGUGGCUUGUUACCGAGAUGUUAGACCGAGGUCCUUUUCCCACUUGUGCUACCUACAACACGUUAAUGAAGGGUUAUUGCAUUAGGAAUAAUGUGGAUAAAGCUCUGGAUCUUUUUUCUACCAUGGCUAGUCAUGGGAUUACACCAAACAUAGUUUCAUGUAAUAUUCUCGUUGAUGGACUUUGCAAGAAGGGUUUGUUGGAGGAUGCCAGAAAGCUUCUUGAGAAAAUAUUGGUUGAUGAUCAUGAUGGAAAAACCUCAAAUAUGAUAACCUCGACUAUCCUAAUGGAUGGUUACUUCAAAACUGGAAAUAUGGUUGAAGCCCUCACUUGUUUGGAUGAGAUAUUCCAAAUGGGCACAAGGAUGGAUGUCGUUGCAUAUAAUGUCGUCAUACAUGGAUUUUGUUUGAAUGGACACAUGAGCCAAGUGUAUAAGUACUUAAGUGAAAUGUUUAAAUGUGGUUGCCUGCCAGAUGUGUUUACAUACAAUAUCCUUAUUGGCAUGCUUUGCAAAGAAGGAAAGACAAAUGAAGCUUGCUACGUCUUUAACGUGAUGCCAAGAAUGGGGGUGACCCCUGAUCACAUCACAUACAAAGUGUUAAUUCAAGGUUUGUGUAUUAGUGGAGAUGUAGACAAAGCUAAUGGUUACCUUCAUUGCAUGUUAGAAAAUUCAAUUAUACCUGAGCCACUCAUUUGGAAUGUCAUAAUUGAUAGCUAUGGGAGGCAUGGAGAUAUACAAAAAGCUUUCUGUGUGAGAGACCAAAUGGUUACAUUUGGUGUUCUGCCCAAUAUAUAUACAUAUAAUAUCAUGAUUCACACAGUAAUAAGAAAUGGAAAUAUUGAUGAUGCUCAUUAUCUGAAGAAGGAGAUGCUCUUAAAUGGUCCUUUUCCUGAUUUAGUUACUUACAAUCUGUUGGUGCGUGCUGCUUGUAAUCUUGGCCAUAUUAAUUCUGCAUUCCGGCUGCAUAAUGAAAUGGUGAGAAGAGGGUAUGAUCCAGAUAUAGUAACUUACACUGAAUUGCUCAAGUGUCAUUGUCUGAGAGGUAAAUUGAAGGAGGCAGAAGAGCUCUUUAUCAAGAUAUGGGAGUCAGGUUUACCAAUUGAUCAUGUUCCAUUUUUAAUACUCAUGAAGAAGUACUUCAAGAUGAGAGAGCUUGACAAAGCAUAUGAUCUUUAUCAAAUGUGGUUAAAGAGGGGAAGUUGA